GGGUGGACAGGAAACCGGAAAUAUAAUUCGGACGGCCUAAUAUUCGAGACCUUGGAGGGCCAUUUUCAGUGGGAAUUUACAGACGGACGAAGGAGGUGCAUUUCAUGGGUGUUUAAGCUCGAGGGUAUUGCGAAUGUCCUUCCUCUCGCACAAUUAGCACCUCUCCGUGGGCUUACCAAGCUUGCCGUCCGUUGUGCACUGUUCUCUGUGGUUACGUCAGUAGGGUUUGGUAAAAGGAGUCGCCCUUGCACAGCCUUUUGUGUGUCGGCCUGAUAGUGAGGCUCACUACCUGGUGUGAUGGCUUCUGUUGCUGCAAAGCAUGCUGGCUCGCUCCAUGUCCAAUGCUGGGCAAAGCAGCCUUCUGCCGUAGAGGAUCAGAAGCUUUCAUCUUCUUGGGAGCACGCUGUAAUUUCGUCCGGAGCCAGCAGGAAGUCGGUGUGCAGAAUGCAGGUGAGGGGUUGGGGCCUCCCUCUGAAUACGUUGGGACCGCGUAUUCCGCAGCCCCGAGGCUGCAGGCGAGCAGUCGUUUCAUGCGACGCUAGGCAGCCACACAAGUCUGGUGCUGAACUUCCUGAGAAGCGGAGCCGGGGCGGCUUCCGGUUGCAGAGUGUUGCGUGGCUUCCCCUUGUGUUGGCCAUGGCGUCAGAGACUAUGACCGGCGAGAUCCAUGUGGAUCCUAGCAUGGAUUUCUACACCGACUGGCACUUCUCGCAGGAGUUCAUCAAGCACUUUUAUGUCGCAUUCAUUUGCUGCUUCUCCUUUGGGUGCGUGUACUUCGGCUCCUUGAAGGAUCCCUUCUAUGAGGGUCCUGAGUCCGGCUACCGGGAGGACGGCGGAAACGGAACGGCGCACUGGUUCUACGACGUGAAAGAGGAGGAGGAGGAGGCCAGCCGGGAGCAGCUGGCGAAGCAGGUGCUUGCGCUCGAGAUGGCGCAGAAGGAGAAGGUGGUCCGGCAGCUGGAGGAGCAGCUGACCGUCAGAGCCGAUUCUGCGGAGCCCAAGGAGACUGUCUCAUCCUUGUACUUUCUCGACAACAUCGCUGCAAAGGCGGUUUGUUUUUCACCAAAGAAGAAGCGGCGAAAAAUGGAUGGCCUAAAUUGUCUGCGAAUGAUCAGAUGA